CACGGCAACCCCGUGGAAGCGGAGUCCAUCCGCACCGCGCCAGUCACAAGCCUUCCGCUUCAGUACGGCUUGAACCUGCUGCAGGCAGCCGCCGAUGCGGAACCCUGGCCUGUAGAGCCGCAGCGCUGGACCGCACAACCCAAGUGGAGAAACACGCAGCAAAAGCAAGCGGUCAGACACUGUCCGUUCUGGACGCUCUACGGCUCCCGAGGACGAGAUCCGCGGGUUCACGAGCUGUCGGCCUACGAGUUCGCCGUGCACUUCGAAGUCAAGAAAGCCACCCAUCCCUACACCAUCCACUUGAACGACGACGGGGAGCAGCGGCCGCCGACCCGCCACGAAGCUGAAUUGACGGACACGGGCAAGGAGAAAGUGCGCUGGCAUCGCUACCGCGCCAAGCUCUUGCCGGGCGCCGAUUAUCGCAUUCGGGAGCCGCGCCCCGGCGAGGAGUGGAUCCCCUUCGGCGAACCCGAGCUCGCCCAGGCUUUCAAGCACAGCUGGGUCAUGGUGCCGCGCAAGCGACCAUACGUGCCGGUGCUCUUCGGUGCGCAGGGCAGCAACCAAACUGCGGAAGACCAGGCCAUGAAGCUCCUUCUGCUCUUUCGCCCUUGGGUGAAUGAUCGCCGAGAUGCCCAGGACGACCUCGUGGCCUUCGUCGGAGACCUGUCUGCUCGCGACCAGGGGGCUACGGACUGGCUCCAGGCCGCGCGGCUCUGGCUGGGCCGGCGCGGCUUCCCCACAGAGUCCGUGAAGCGCUACGCCGCCCAGUUCUGCUUCGUCCACUGCCUGCCGCGGGAGCUCCGGCCCGGCGCGGAGCUGGAGGCCAACAGCGACAACGAAGACUUGGAGGACGACGACAUCAUGCUGGCGAUGGAAACGCACGUUCGAGGGGAACCUGGCAACGCCGGCAACGAAGUGCAGACGCACGCCGACCGCACCAAGAAGAUGUUCGCGCUGUCGCAAGCCAUUUGGCUGGAGGGAGACAAUGGAGGUGGACCCGACCCGGAGGCCAGCAACAGGUUCCGCGAGCUGUCCGCCAAAGAGCCCGUGACGGACCAUCAGCAGGUGAGACAAGCCGCCAUCGAUUCGCGGGUCAAGGGCGAGAAAGGACAGGAUAGACGAACUACACGACGCAGGGACCGGCGAAGCCCGGAGGUGCAGGCCCAGGAGCCCGUGACCGCCGCCAAGCUCCUGGACUGGCUCCACAGCGACCGUGUGCGCGGGGCCGUGAAUGCCAAGCAGCACGAGUUCCUGGAACUCGUCGUGGACAGAGUCAUGGUGGAGCUGAACCUCAUCAAGCCCGAGGAGUCCAUCCGGAAGACCUCGGAGCCUUUGGUCUGGUUGCUCCACGGGCCGCCCGGCGUCGGCAAGUCCCACAUCCUGCAAUUCCUCCGCGAGCUCUUCGAAGACUUGCUCCAGUACACCCAGGGCCACGAGUACGAGGUGGUGGCGCUCCAGGCAGUGAACGCGGCGGACGUCCGAGGCCAGAACAUACACAGGGCCUACGGCUUCAACAAGAAUGGGCAGCCGACCGAGGGAGACAACGCUAUCGUUCAGGGCAUCCGCUUCAGGAGGUGGGUGAUCGUGGACGAGAUCAGCAUGGUCAGCGCGAAGAUUUUGGCCCGCAUGGAGCAGCGGCAGCGGGAGAACAAGAGCAGCAAGGACGAGUUCAAGCUGGACGGUCGCGGGCAUGCAAGACCUUUCGGGGGCGUCAACAUGAUCUUCAUGGGCGACUUCUUCCAGCUCCCACCGCCGGAGGGCGGCUUCAUUGCGGACGUUCCCCACAGCCUGAAGUCUGCCACCGGGGUCGACAAGAGCCCGGACCCUCUCGUCGAGGCCGGUCGCGACCUUUUCUGGCGCGGAGCGGUCCAAGGCGUCACCGAGCUGACGGAGACUCGACGGUGCUCCGACGAGUGGUGGAACGAGGUGGUGGAGCAAUUGCGACAGGGCCGCCUGUCGGACGAGAACCACAAGUACUUGCACGGCAUUCCCGUGGAAGGCUGCACCCUGUCGGAAGCAGAAAGGCAGUCGCGCCGCAGGGUCAUCGUCUCCGAUGCGGAUCCGCGGCUGCAGGAGGCCAGGUUCCGGAAGGCGGUGGUCAUCGUGGCCAACAACGAUGCUCGCUACCAGAUCAACAAAGACAAGGCCAGAGCCUACAGCAAGGAGUCCGGAGCUCCUCUCAGGUGGUCCGUGGCCAAGGACGUGGCGGAGGCCAAAGCUCUUCAAGCCGAGGACUGCAGCAAGGAGGCCAAAAGGAAGUGGCUCCAGUACCACGACCGACACACGGGAGAUCUGUGCGGCCUGCUUCCCCUCGCCAUCGGCAUAUUGUGGAUGGUAGACCAUCUUCCUAUCGUAGAGGAAGCUUGUUCUGAAGCCUUCGGAGGAAAGCAGCUUCAGCUGACCCCGGCCUUCGCGAUUACGGCGCACAGCAGCCAGGGCAAGACGCUGGAUGCCACACUGCUCGACCUGAACGUGGACAAGAACGUCCACCAGACCCUGGGCACCGUGGCGGCGAGCCGCGUCCGCAGCCGUGAGGACGUGCUCAUUCUGCGGCCCUUCCCGCUCUGGCUGUUCCAACGCGGAUCGCCCGAAGGCCCCGAUCUGCUGCUGAAGACACUCCGCAAAGAGCCCGUCGAUUGGAAGGCCUGGCGCGAGAGCAAGAACCCCUUCGCCGCCUGCGGCAGUUGUGGCCACGUGAAAGAUUUCGCCAACUUCUCCUACGUCGAGUGGGGCAAAGUGCGAGCCAACCGGGUGGCCAGGUGCCUCCACUGCGAGAAGGGCGGCAAAACCAACGGCAAGCGCAAAAUCAGCGGAGACGCCGAGAUCUUCACCAAGCACGUUUGCGACGUCUGUGGUUGCAGCAAAAUGGCGGCGGCAUUCCCGGUGGCACAGCUGCGUCAAGAAGGACCGGAUGUCAAGAAGGUGUGCACGCAGUGUGCUCGCAAUCGGCGCACCCUGUCAUGCUCUAUCUGCGGAAAGACUAAGCCAUCGGACGCUUUCGAUGCCACAAUGUGCACCCUGCCGCACGGCUGCGCGGCAUGCACCGACUGUCAGCAGGAGCUGCAUCCAAAGGCGAAGCGCUUGCGAGGAGGCUGGUUCCUUUGCAGGGGCUGCAAGCAAUCUUAUCCUCUUGAUGCAGCGGGCAAUGCUAGCAGCAGUCACUGCCUGAAUUGCGCCGUGCGUGGCACAAGGGCAGCCACUGGAUGGCACAAAUGCCAGAACCCGCAAUGCCAGAAGCUGUACCAAGAGGAUCAUGCAUCUGGUCUUGCAAGGCCUCAG